AUGCCUAGGUUAGUUUUGAGUACCAUUUGGAGUGUGGAGCGUGAAAUAUGCAACUCAGCAGACCUCUUACAAGUCGAUUUCUGUGGUGAGUUGCACAUUGAGUGCCAUAUGAUUUCCACGUACUCCACUCUGGAGGCAGGGCGUCCAAAGCGAGGGGCAUUCAGCACGGAUCCAGAUGCAAUUGUUUUCAUCCAUGUCAGUAAUGUGUCCUCUUUAGGUGACCGUUUAUUAAAACCCUCCUGGAAUUUGUCGGAAACAUCAGUCAUUAUUCUUUUUCUAGCAUGCAAUCAUGUUCCCAUACAGGAACUU